AUGCCACCACCCGCACCACUCCAGCCUCAGAUCGAGGCCAUCUUCAACGACGCCCAGCAGUCGCUCGCCAAGCACCGGCGGUGCGCGGAGCGGCUGCGCGCGCUGCAGCGCAAGGCCGACGCCCGCGCGUUUGCCGAAGCGCUCUUUGCGUGCAUCGCGUGUGUGCUGCCCGUCUUCAAGCGCGAGCCCGCGGCGGAGCGGGUGGUCGAAUUCGUGGUGCGCUUCCUGACCGAGGCUGGUGAGGACGAUGCCGGCGAGCAGGACGAGCUCAUCGGCCGCAUCUGCCUCCCGCUCCUCGGGCUGUCGGACGCACGCGACAAGGCCGUCCGCUUCCGCGUCUCCCAGCUGGUGGGACGGAUCAUGAACGCGAUGCCCGAGGAGGCGGAGGUGUCGGACGACCUCUUCGUCGCGGUCGAGGAGCGCAUGCUCCGCCGCUGCCGCGACAAGGUCCCCGUCGUCCGCGCGUGCGCGCUGCGCGCUCUGUUCCGGCUGCAAGACCCGUCGGGGCCGUCCGACGCGAUCUCAAGUGAGCUGCUCCGGAUGAUGGAGCACGACUCGAGUCCGGAGGUGCGGAUGGCGGCCAUCUCGACCGUCGCCCCCUCCAAGCCCGCCAUCCGCGGCCUCCUCUCCCGCACGCGAGACGCGGUCCGCAAGCACGCGCUCGGCGUGCUCCGCGAGAAGGUCGAGAUGCGCUGGCUGACAAUCUCGCAGCGCGCCAAGCUCCUCGGAGAUGCACUUGCCGACCGCUCGCCGUCCGUCCGGACCGCGGCGGUCGAGCUCGUGCGUGGCUGGCUGCGAAAGGCGGACAGGCAACUGCCGGUGCUGCUCAAGGCGCUCGACGUCGCCUCGUACGAGACAGCCGCCGAGCGGGUCGUGGCGGCGCUCCUGCAGGACAAGGAGACGGCAGGCCUCGUCGGCUCCGUGGCGGCCGACUGGGCGUCCCUCGCGCCAGAGGCGGUGCUCUGCCUGCGCUGCGAGGUCGAGGCGCUCGUCGCCGCCGCGGACGGCGGCACGGCGGCCGACGAGGAGGCUCGCGACGCUGCGCUGCCGGAGCUGCCUCCCUUCUGCAAGGCGCUGCAGGCCGCUGUCGGCACCGCGUCGGCGGCGUCGGAGGAGGCGGGCGGAUCGGGCGCCUGUGCCGACCUCCUCCUCGUCCACUCCCCCGCCGCCCUCCUCCCGCCCUCCGCCGCGCCCGAGCCGCCGCCCGCCGGCGCGCCGCUGCCGCCCACCGAGGACGACUGCGCCGGCUCGCUCUUCGCUGCGCGCGUGACCAACCUGCCAAGACUGCAGGCGGAGCACGCGGCGGCGCGCGCAGAGCCGCUCGCCGAGGCGGGGCUGCUCGAGGCGCUCCUCCCCGCGCUGCGGACCGCCCUCUCCGCGCCUGCCGGCGCACCAGAGGCGUCCGUGCCUGUCGAGUCGCUCGCCUCGUUCGUGCUCGCGCUCACGCGGCCCGCCGCGGGCGACAAGGGCGACGGAGCCGCCGAGGCGGCCGGCGAGGCGGCGGGCGAGGCGGCGGCGGCGCACGAGGGCGCCGCCCUCGGCCUCUGCUGCGAGACGCUGCGGUCCGGCCUCCUCCUGCCACGCGCCUUCCCGCACCUCGCCCUCCCGGCGGAGGGGGCGUGGCGCGCCCGCGCGCCGCUGGCGGCGCUCCUCCGCAAGCUGGCGAUGGCCAUGACCGACCGCACCGCCCUCAAGCACGUCCAGAAGCUGCGGGAGAGGGCGGAGGCGAUCCUCGCCGCCUACGCCGCCGCGAUGGGCGACUCGGCCCCGCCCUCCCUCUCCGCGCCCGACGGGCGGCGCAGCCUCGGCCACGGAGAGGCUGCGGCGGAGCUCUCGCCCGACAAGACCGCCGACAAGGGCGGCAACACCAAGCGGCGGCUCCAGCGGAACGGCAAGGCGACGCCGCGGAUGGCGGCGAGGCUCGUCGACGCGGCAAGGAGCGAGAACGUUGCCGAGCCCGCGCCUGCGCCGCGGGUCGAAGUUGGCUGGCUCAGCGAGGGGCCUCAUGUCGGUGAGCGGGUGCUGCGACGCCUGAAGGGACACGGCUACGUGCAUGCGGUGGUGCGCCUCUACCUGCCGGCGGGCGAUGCGGAGGACGAGCCGGCGUUUUGGCACAUCGAACAUGCGGACGGGGACGAAGAGGAUCUGGAGGAGGAGGAGCUGCUCGAGGCGCUGCGGCGCUUCGCCAUCCGUGCGGGCAGGGCCAGGGCGGCGGCGGAGGCGGCGGGUGGACGCGCGUGGGCGGUCGGCGAGGCGGAGGCGGCUGGCGCGGGAGGGCCGGCGCGGGCCGCAGCGGCGGCGGAGGCGGCGGAGGCGGCGGAGGGCUCGGAGGAGGGCGCGGAGGCGAUGGAGGCGAUGGAGGCGGAGGCGGAGCCCGAUGCGGCGGCGGAGGCGGGGUCGGAGGCGGCGGCGGCGGGGCAGCCGAGGCGGCCACCGAAGCGUCGUCGCACCUCGGCUGCGCAGGGCGCGGCGCAGGUAGCGGCGGGCUGCACGGAGCCCGAGGCGGAGGCGGAGGAGGCGGAGGCCGCAGGCUCAACCUCGUCGCCGCCUCCGACCGCACCGCCGACGCCAGGGGGGGCUGCACCCGUCGCCGCAGCCGCGCCGUUCGCGGCGGAGGCGGUCGUGGCGGAGGCGGAGGGGCUGAAGCUGCACCUCUCGAGCAGCGGCAGCACCGGCUACAGAGGAGUGCGCGAGCAGCCCUCUGGCCGAUUCGAGGUGCGGCACAUGGCGAACGGGCGGCAGGUCGCCCUCGGCUGCUUCGCCACGGCGGUGGAGGCGGCGGUGGCGUACGCGCGGGCGGUCGGCGAGUACCAGCCUCCGCCUCCGACAGUGGCGACAGAGGCGGAGGGCUUGCGUUUGCACCUCUCGAGCAGCAGCGCCACCGGGUACAAGGGCGUGUCCAAUCGCUCUGGCCGCUUCCAGGCGAAGCAAAGUGUGAACGGAAAGAAGGUCUCCAUCGGCUCCUUCGACACGGCGGUGGAGGCGGCGGUGGCGUACGCGCGGGCGGUCGGCGAGGCGGAGGCGGCUGGCGCGGGAGGGCCGGCGCGGGCCGCAGCGGCGGCGGAGGCGGCGGAGGCGGCGGAGGGCUCGGAGGAGGGCGCGGAGGCGAUGGAGGCGAUGGAGGCGGAGGCGGAGGCGGAGCCCGAUGCGACGCCAGGGGAGACUGCACCCGCAGCCGCGCCGUUCGCGGCGGAGGCGGUCGUGGCGGAGGCGGAGGGGCUGAAGCUGCACCUCUCGAGCAGCGGCAGCACCGGCUACAGGGGCGUGUACAAGGUCGCGCCCGGCCGUUUCGUCGCGCGGCACAAGGCGGAAGGAAGGUUAGCAUUCAUCGGCUCCUUCGACACGGCGGUGGAGGCGGCGGUGGCGUACGCGCGGGCGCAGGCGGGAAGGGCGGGAGGAUCAGAGCGGACGACGACGGAGGCUGGGGCGGCGGAGGGCACGGAGGCCGAGGGGGUGGAGGAGGCGGAGGAGGCGGAGGCGGAGGGCUCAGCAGGCGCUACCUCGUCGCCGCCGUCAGAGGCGGAGGGGCUGCGGCUGCACCUCUCGAGCAGCGGCAGGACCGGCUACAGGGGCGUGCACGAGCACUUUGGCCGCUUUCGGGCGAAGCACAGUGUGGACGGAAGGAGGGUCUCCCUCGGCUACUUCGACACGGCGGUGGAGGCGGCGGUGGCGUACGCGCGGGCGCAGGCGGGAAGGGCGGGAGGAUCAGAGCGGACGGCGACGGAGGCUGGGGCGGCGGAGGGCACGGAGGCGGAGGGGUUGGAGGAGGUGGAGGCGGAGGGCUCAGCAGGCGCUACCUCGUCGCCGCCGACACCAGGGGAGGCUGCGCCGUUCGCGGCGGAGGCGGUCGUGGCAGAGGCGGAGGGGCUGAAGCUGCACCUCUCGAGCAGCGGCAGCACCGGCUACAGGGGCGUGAACCAGCACCACUCUGGCCGCUUCCAGGCGAAGCACAGUGUGGACGGAAGGAGGGUCUUCAUCGGCUCCUUCGACACGGCAGUGGAGGCGGCGGUGGCGUACGCGCGGGCGGUCGGCGAGUACCAGCCUCCGCCUCCGACAGUGGCGACAGAGGCGGAGGGGUUGCGGCUGCACCUCUCGAGCAGCAGCGUCACCGGCUACUUGGGCGUGCACGAGCACCACUCUGGCCGCUUCCAGGUACGGCACGCGGCGAACGGAAAGAAGGUCUCCAUCGGCAUCUUCGACACGGCGGUCGAGGCGGCGGUGGCGUACGCGCGGGCGGUCGGCGAGGCGGAGGCGGCUGGCGCGGGAGGGCCGGCGCGGGCCGCAGCGGCGGCGGAGGCGGCGGAGGCGGCGGAGGGCUCGGAGGAGGGCGCGGAGGCGAUGGAGGCGGAGGCGGAGGCGGAGCCCGAUGCGACGCCAGAGGGGGCUGCACCCGUCGCCGCGCCGCUCGAGGCGGAGGCGGUCGUGGCGGAGGCGGAGGGGCUGAAGCUGCACCUCUCCAGCAGCAGCGCCACCGGCUACAAGGGAGUGCGCGAGCACUAUGGCCGCUUCGAGGCGAAGCUCACGGCGAACGGGCGGCAGGUCGUCCUUGGCUAUUUCGACACGGCGGUGGAGGCGGCGGUGGCGUACGCGCGGGCGGUCGGCGAGUACCAGCCUCCGCCUCCUCCGACGGUGGCGACGGAGGCGGAGGGGCUGCGGCUGCACCUCUCGAGCAGCAGCAGCACCGGCUACAAGGGCGUGUACGAGCACCACUCUGGCCGCUUCGAGGUGCGGGGCGCCCGGCACAUGGCGAACGGGCGGCAGGUCGCCCUCGGCUUUUUCGACACGGCGGUGGAGGCGGCGGUGGCGUACGCGCGGGCGCAGGCGGGAAGGGCGGGAGGAUCAGACCGGACGGCGACGGAGGCUGGGGCGGCGGAGGGCACGGAGGCGGAGGGGGUGGAGGAGGCGGAGGAGGCGGAGGUGGAGGGCUCAGCAGGCGCUACUUCGUCGCCGCCGUCAGAGGCGGAGGGGCUGCGUUUGCACCUCUCGAGCAGCAGCGUCACCGGCUACAGGAACGUGCGCAAGAGCACCAAGAAGGUUGGCCGCUUCGAAGCGCUGCACUAUAUGGCCGGAAAGAGGAAGGUCCACCUUGGCAGUUUCGAUACGGCGGUGGAGGCGGCGGUGGCGUACGCGCGGGCGGUCGGCGAGUACCAGCCUCCCCCUCCUCCGACGGUGGCGGCGGAGGCGGAGGGGCUGCGGCUGCACCUCUCGAGCAGCGGCAGCACUGGCUACAAGGGCGUGUACGAGCACCACUCUGGCCGCUUCGAGGUGCGGGGGCCGGGAUAUCUCUCCCUCGGCUACUUCGACACGGCGGUGGAGGCGGCGGUGGCCUAUGCGCGGUCGGUCGGGGAGGCGCCGGAAGCGGGCUCGCCAGCAGGCCACGCGUCGGCGGCACUGCCGGGCGAGGCGGCAGCAGGCGCAGGCGAGGAGGCGGUGGUCGCGGAAGAGGGAAUGGUGGCAGCUGCGGUUGCGGCGGGAGCUGAGUCGGCGGGCCCCGUCCGGCGAAGCAAGCGGAGCUUAGCGCAGGCGGGCAUGAACGGUGCUGCGUCGUAG